AUAUGAACAAUCAAUAAUUAAUUGGUUAUGUGUCAGCAAAUGCAACAGUAUCAUCUUCUUACGAAAGAUGAAUGUUGAAUUUGGUUACUGAAAAAAUUGAAAUAUCAACGAUGUAUAAGUAAUGAACUGUGCAUUAUGUCUUAUUGGUGGUUGCUAUUUGAAGACAAGUUUCUGCAUAGGACUAUACCAAGGACUUCUACAUUAUUCUUCAUUAUUUCAAAUGUUAGUAUUUACCCAUUUAUAGAUAGUUCUGGAAGUAAAUUCGUCAUUAGGUAUUGGGUGAUAUCGAAGUGAAUUCGGAUACGAUACCUAUAAGAUGAAGUUUAUCUUAUUGAUUUCAACCACGUUGAUGUCAUGUGUUAUUAGCGCACCCGUCGGAAACGAUGCCGAUGCUACCAUAAUCAGUUAUGAAUAUGAGCAGAAGGAAAACGGAUACUUUUUCUCAUUUCAACCACGUUGAUGUCAUGUGUUAUUAGCGCACCCGUCGGAAACGAUGCCGAUGCUACCAUAAUCAGUUAUGAAUAUGAGCAGAAGGAAAACGGAUACUUUUUCUCUUACACAACUAGCAACGGAAUCACGAGGGAAGAAAACGCUGUAAUAGUAGAUGAUCCUAAUGGAAAAAAUGAAGAAAAUCAAAUUAUAAGAAUAAAUGGAUAUUAUUCUUACACAGAUAAAGAUAAUAACCUAUAUCGAGUAGAUUACGUAGCAGACGAGAAUGGGUACAUAAUAUUGGAAAAGCCUAAGCUUUCACCUUCUCAAACUGCCACCCAAGGACUAUCGAUUCCGAAACCUGCUUACAAGCCUCAAUUACAGCCUCGACCACCAGCUUACAAGCCUCAAGCUCCUCCUAUUGUAUUUCCCAAACAAGAGACAUAUUUGCCUCGCCCGACUUAUAAGCCCCAAUCAGAAAUAUCUUCAGCAGCUCUGGCUUCACUUGGCGGGUCGUAGAAUAAGAAUUCAUGAACAGAAAACUCUUGUAUAAUCAGCGAUUACACGUAUUUUAUUGUUUAAUCUGUGAAUAUUUUCUCUUUCAUAUUUUAUUAUUGUGAUAAUAAUAAAAAUGUUUAACUGGUACCUACUUCCUCAAUAGAUUCUGCAAUUCAA